GAUACCUAGCUAGUACCUACCUACAUAAACACCCACCCUGACAAAUACUCCAACCCUCAAACACUUACAACAAUUUUACACCAAUUCAACACCAACACAACACGUCAAAAGACAACCUGGGGUCUAACUACCUUGUAACUACCUUCACUAAUUAUUCAAUCAUGGGAGGAGGAGCUAAUUUACCUCCCCAGUCAAAUGACUCAAAAUCAGCCGUCGAGCUUCUUAUUCUCGGAGCGGGAUGGACAUCAACCUUUCUCAUCCCACUUCUUCAACAAAGAGGAAUAAAAUACGCCGCUACUACUACUACAGGUCGUGAUGGAACUUAUAAAUUUCGAUUCAAUCCAGAAGAUGACACUGAUACUCGAAAACAAAUGCUUGACCUUCCAACGGCUCAGAGUAUAUUGAUUACGUUCCCGCUGAAAGGAAAGGGGCAAUCAAAAUCCCUUGUGAAAUUUUAUCAAGAUACACACUCUUUGGAAUCUAUCGAAAAUCAUGGUUCAUUUGCUUCAUUUCAUUUCAUUCAAUUGGGGAGCACAGGAAUUUUCACUAUCCCAGGUCAAAGUACAUGGGUCACACGCCAUUCAUCGUAUGAUAGUGCUGAUGACCGAGCUGUCGCUGAGGAUGAAAUUCUUGGGUUGGGUGGAUGUGUCCUGAAUUUGAGUGGAUUAUGGGGCGGUGAAAGAAACCCAAAGCAUUGGAUUGAACGAGUAGCUGGUUCAAAAGAGAUGCUGGGCGGUAAAAAAAGUUUGCACAUGGUACAUGGACUUGACGUGUCGAGAGGGGUGGUAGGAGUGAUUGGAAAUUGGGAAAAGGCGAGAGGCCAAAGAUUCAUAUUGACUGAUCUGAUGGUCUAUGAUUGGUGGUCAUUAAUCUUGGGUUAUGCGGGUGAAUUAGAUGCGGAAAAUGGAAACGGAAAGAUGGAAGGCAGGCAAAUCAAAUGGAUUGGUGAGCUAAUGAAGGAACAUGAUGUCAAAGCUUUACCAAGGUCAAUGGAUGACUUGGGAAGGUGUUAUGACUCCAGGGAGUUCUGGGAAAGUUUUGAAGUCAUGCCUGUAAGAUCGAGGAUAUGACUCGGAUAGUAGCUGAUAUGACCAUAUUGGUAUCUUGCUGCCAGCCACGAUCCAUAUAAAGCCGUGCCUCGUCGCCACUCAAACUGAGAGCGAACCAGACAUAGAAAGAAAGUUCGUCGGCCCGAUACAUCAUCAGGAAAAGCCUUGCAAAGUUGCGGGGAAACGAGAAGGUGGAACGAAAUUUAUAUAAACAAUACCAUUUUUCAUUUUCUAAUCAUUAGUGAUUUAUACAUUAUAUCAAAGAACAUCAGUGUGCUCGG